AAUACUUUGUUAAGCCAUUCAAAAAUAGAAACUAAAUCAUGACAACCAAAAAUUAAGGGGUCAGGGAAUCUAUAGAAGUGGAAGUCGAGGAUCAAAUUUAAUAUUUAGAAAUAGAAUUCAGAAAUAGCCGCCAGGAUGACCCAAUGGUGUUCGAUCAGUGUGAUGAAGGCCGUGCUGUGCGUGGGCUGCACAGAAGUGGACUAUGUGACCACCAUCGAGAAGGCGGACUUCCAGAAAGACACGUCCCGCACCCAGAAUGGUUACCUACAGCGCAGCGGACGAUCAUCGAAUGUUAGUACGGCCCUUCGACUUUUGGGAGCCAAUGUAGAGUUGUUCGGUGUACUGACCCGUAAUCCCACCUAUCGCAUGAUUAUGGAUGAUCUGGAGAAGCGUGGCAUCGAUAUUAGCCACUGUACAUUCACCGACCAAUGUCCGCCGUUUUCCACGAUCGUCCAGGAACGCUGGACUCGUCGUUGUACGGUUGUGUAUUGUGACAAGGCAUUUCCGUAUGUUACGGCAGCGGAUUUCCGGAAACUCGAUCUCAAUCAAUACGGAUGGGUGAACUUUGAGGCUCGCAGUCCACGUGAAACUUGCGAAAUGAUACGUCUAAUCCUUGAUCAUAACAAUGGCAAGGAUGAAGACGAUCGUAUAGUGAUAUCGCUGCAGAUCUAUAAUGCCUUUGAGCAGGUCAUAGAUCUGAUUGGGAUGUGCGAUUAUGUUUUUGUCACAAAGUAUAUUGCCGAGUCACAAGGCUGGAUGACACCAUUAAAGGCCUGCGAGGGAAUCAAUAGUCUCCUGCGGAUGCCAAGGGCCAUAAGGAUUCGCAGGCCAUGCGUGAUUGCGCCGUGGAGCAGCCUGGGUGCUGGUUGUAUGACCGCCGAUGGACAAUAUUUCGAGCUGCCUGCGCACAAGGCUAAGAAGAUCGUCGACCGGGUUGGAGACAGUGAUUGCUUUACGGCCGCCUUUAUUUAUGCCGCUUUCGUAAGGCAAAGACGUUUGGCCAAUGCCGUGGAUUUUGCAAAUGCCGUUGCCUGCUAUAAGUUGGGCUACGUUGGAUUCGAUUGUCUGCGGCAAUUUCAAAUCGAUCCGGUCAAGCUGCCCGACAAGAUCAAGGCUGAAAGUGAGGUAUCCUCGGACGACGAGGAUGAGGGUAACGAUCAGCAGAAUAACUGCCGGAAAUAUCUGUUUCGGCCAUCUGAAUUCCUUGAGGUGGAUGCCCUAUCCAUAGCCACAAAUGAACAGGAAGUAGUACUAGCUCCAGUGGAGCGGGGAUCAUCUAGCUAGCUCCAGUUAUUGUCUGACUUAGUUAUGUUUUUUAAAUAAAAGAA